AAGACAAUAUAUUAAUACAAUUUUGACACGAUAUUAAAAGUCAAAAUUAUUAAAAGACCAUCAAAUUCAUUGAUGUAUUUCUUCUUGUCAAAUCGUGGAAUAAAAAGAAAGUAAUCUGGAAUAAAAAGUAAGUAAAAGUGCUGCCACCUAUAGCAAUAUGAACAUGUAUCAUGUGCAACAUUAAUGUCAAAUUUUGCGUGCCAAACUAAACUAUUACUAUUACUACUACUACUACUACUACUACUACUACUACUACUACUACUACUAUUACUACUAUUACUACUAUUACUACUAUAAUGUAUAUUUAUCGCACAUGGAAACAAACACAACACGCGAGUAAUGAAUUAAUGGACGGAUCAUUCACAAUCAAACCCUGAAAUUCAAUAACAAUGACGUCGCCAACAAGCAAGGAACAAUACCGACUCGAGCAAGAAGCGUUUGUUUCCAAUCACGGAGGCACAACCCCGCAAGAGGUGAUUUUUACGCUUCUGCCAAACGUAUGCGGCAUUUUGUUGACAGCGACGACUCUGGGGAUCCUUAGGAAAUAUAUUCACAAAAAUGUAAGGGUCGUGCUGGAGUUUAUACUAACUGUGAUUCCGACUAUCUUAUGUUGUACCGUACUGUCGGAAUACAUCGGUAUUGUAUGCAUAACAAUGCUAUCAAUUUCUGUGCUAAACAUAAUGCUGCUGGGGAGCAAGGGAACCAAUCUCUCCAGUUCAGUUAUGCGACCGAUUAUCGGCAAGAGACCCUUUAUAACUAAUUUUCGCGCGCUGAUCAAUAUUAUUACUGCGAUUUCUAUAUUAGCUGUCGAUUUCCGUAUCUUCCCGCGGAAGUUCGCCAAGACAGAGGUGUUCGGAUACAGUUUGAUGGAUACAGGUGUCGGAUUGUUUAUAUUGGCAAACGCAUUGGUUGCGCCAGAGACUCGAGAUUUCUCUACCCAUCAUCAAGCAGGAUUUCAGGAAAUCUUGAUGAAAAAUAUGAAAAAUUGCUUCCGAAGCUGCGUGCCUCUCUUAGUAUUGGGUUUCGGACGUUUUGUGUCAGUCAAGUAUAUAGGAUAUCAGAGACAUGUCACCGAAUAUGGCAUUCAUUGGAACUUUUUUAUAACUUUAGCUAUCGUUAAAUUGUUCACCAGCAUGAUUACCAGCACCAUUAGUUCAAAAUAUUCGUUGCUCUCAGGUAUAUGGAUAUUGUGUAUGCAUGAAUACACAAUGAGUACCAAAGGUUUAAAGACAUGGGUUUUGGGAGAUGGGCCAAGAGAUGAUUUCUUCUCUGCCAAUCGAGAGGGUUUAAUUUCUAUACCCGGUUAUAUAGGAUUGUAUUUUCUUGGUGUAGCUAUUGGAAGGUUGAUACAUUCGACAUAUCGAAAUUCACAUAUAACACCAAACAUGACCAUUUCUGUGAAAUUGUAUGGUUUUGAAAUUGAAGCGAGCUACAAUGAAUCUAUGCUGUUGUGUAUUAAAUUAUCUUUGAUCUCUGCAAAAGCUUGCAUCGCAACAUUAUUUUGUAAUGCAUAUUUUAAGAUUUCAAGAAGAUUGGCCAAUGCUGGAUAUUGUAUGUGGAUAGUAACCUUAACGGCUACACUACUUACUCUCUUGCUACUUGUAGAGAUCGUGCUAGAUAUAACGAAUUAUGCGGUAGGUGAUCCAUGCAUUGAAAAUAAAACGGAAAGAUUGCGUAAAAAUCUGAGAUUGAAUUUAAAAAAGCAUGUGGAAAAUGAGAGAGAAGAAAAUAAAGAAUGCGCAAUCAGAAGAUCCUUAGAGAUUUUUGAUGCUGUAAAUUACAACGGCCUGUUCUUUUUUCUUAUUAGUAACGUUAUAACUGGUCUUGUCAAUAUGUUAAUGUACACAUUAUAUGCCAAGCAAUCGGUAGCUCUAUUGAUACUAAUUACAUAUAUGGCUGUAAGUAUACUUUCAACAUUGAUACUUUACAGGCUACAAGUGCCAAUUAAACUAUGAAAUAUGUGCAAAAAUUAGAAAUUAAUUUUAAUCAAUUUACGACAAUUGGUCGAAAUUUUCAUAAUUAAAUUAAAAAUAUUUGUAUUAAAUACUAACUUAAUUUAUAAUGUAUACAUAUAACAUAUGUAUAACAGAUUUUAUCAACAACUUUAUUUUCUGCUAUAUAAGAAGUUUGCAUUAUCCAAAUAGAUAAUGUAAUUAAAUAUUAUGUACAGAUAUCAUAUAUGUAAAUAUUUUAAUAUUAUAAAUUAAUAUCUAAGAGAAAGUACUGCCAAGUGUAACGCAGACAUAUCGAGAUUUAUCGUACAUUUAUUAUUUUAUUUAUUAAAAUAAAGUAUGUACAUUAGUAUAAAAAUAAGUGUAUAAAGAAAUUUGAUCAACAAACACAGUUUAGAUCA